GCUGGUUCACUUCCUAUAGGGAGUGAAAACCAAGUGUGGAAAUGAAGGAUUGCACCAUACUACAUCAGAGAAUACAGACAGGAUAGAUACCACAGAUAGAUCCUGAUCAUCACCCAAGGAACAACUGCUCAACUGUGGGAAGACAUCUAGUCCCUUCACAGCAUUGCUCAACACAGAAGGUUGGGCAGUGAAACCAUCAAUGUUUGGGUCAGGAGAGCUUUGACAUAUUAUUAGAUCUGAAACUAGCUGGUCCUUCUGUCAGAACCAACCUUUCUGAAGGUUUGGCUAUGGGUGAUUGGUCAGGGUGAGGCAGGGAAGAAGUGUGUUUAGGCUCCAAGUGUGGUCAGAGCUUCAAACAUUCAUCACACCUUAUGUAUCACAGACUCAUUCCUAAAGCUGAGAGGUUGUUCAAAUGUGAGGAAGGUUCUGUAUGGUUAUAUGAUCUUCUUAUGCAAUAAGGUGCACCUAUUACAACCACUUUUAACACAUGGACAGCUACAUGGAAGAGAAACCAUUCAAGUGUGAGGUUUGUGAUAAAUCAUUUGUGACAUCCACAAGGCUCUUGAGACACCAGAUGAUUCACAGAGGAGAGAAGCCCUUCAGGUGUGAGGUUUGUGAGAAGGCUUUCACCCAAUCCUCCCACCUUCAACGACACCACAGGAUUCAUACGGGGCAGAAACCAUUUACAUGUGAGGUGUGUGACAAAUCAUUCCUGGACUUAUCGAACCUACAUGCACACCAUCGUAUUCACACAGGGGAGAAACCAUUCAUUUGUGAGGUAUGUGAUAAAUCAUUCUCAGAUUCAUCAACGCUGCGCAAACAUCAGCGCAUUCACACAGGGGAAAAACCAUUCCUGUGUGAGGUGUGUGAGAAAUCAUUCUCACAAUCAUCAACACUACGCACACAUCAACGUUUCCACACAGGGGAGAAGCCAUUUACAUGCAAGGUGUGCGCAAAAUCCUUCUCGCAGUCAUCAAACCUCCGUACACACCAGCGCAUUCAUACAGGGCAGAAAACAUUCACGUGUGAGGUGUGUGACAAAUCAUUCUCAACUUCAGGGCAACUCUGCAGGCACCAACGAGAUCAUACAGGGGAGAAACAGUUCAGGUGUUAGGUGAGCCAUAAUUUGUUCUCAAGAUCACCAAACCUCCUGCUCCACUGGAUGAUCAACACAAGGGAAUACCCUAUAAGUGUGUGGCUGCAGGAUAACUUCCAUUAUCUUCCAACCUUUGGGGUCACUACAGGAUUCACAGAUGGGAAACCUCUUCAGCUGUGAUAUUUGUGACAAGGCUCUCACUCACUCCUCUGAUACCUUGAACCAUUAGCCUAUGUACGUAGGUGAGACAUGUCUUAGAUGUGAGGUUUUUGAUAAGGCUUUCACUAGGCUGGAUCACUAUUGUCACUCAGGACAAAAUCCCAUCAUGAAUCAAUCAUUUAAUAAAGCCUUCAUACAAUUGGAACAUUAGUGAACGCCAUCCAGCCAAGUCCAUGCCCAAUAUCAUCUGCGUGUGUGAAUCAUGCACACAGUCUCACAAUGCAGGGUGUUCAGUGGGACUGGGACACAACAAGAAACAGCUUUCACUCCCAUCAAACACCUAGUGAUGACAUCACCAGUGCUGAGGGAUUACGAUGUCAACAAUGGAGCCACCCUGCAGUGUGAUGUCAGUGAGGGCAACCUGUUGUGUUUGUAUCCAGAGCGUUAACACAAACUCGUAAUCCAGAUAUGACCUGCGCAAAGCCAUCAGAGAUGCCAAGAGGUAGUACUGGACCAAGUUAGAGGUGCAAACCAACCAUAUGGACACCCGCUACCUGUGGCAACAUAACAAGAUACAAAAUGAAGCAGAGCAAGACAGCAGACAAAAACAUAUCUCUCCCUGAUACACUCAAUGUUUUCUACAGUCAGAUUGAGUCGAAUGCCAGUGGCACAGUGUCACCUGCUCCAACAGCCACGUAUGCACGUGUUCCCUCUGUCACUGCUGCAGACAUCAGAUCGGUCUUCCUGAGAGUCAACCAAGGAAAGCGACAGGUCCGGAUGGAGUCCCUGGCUAUGCACUCAGAUCCUGUGCCAAGCAUCUAGUAGAGGUAUUCACUGACAUCUUCAACCUCUCCCUCCUACAAGCCGAAGUCCCUACCUGCUUCAAGAAGACCACCAUCAUCCUGAUACCAAAGAAAGACAUUCAAUGUGCCUUAAUGACUCCCACCCAGUGGCCCUAACCUCCAUAAUCAUGAAGUGCUUUCAGAGGCUGGUCAUGGCCCACAUCAACUUGAUUUAUCGAACAUGCCUUGAUCCCAUGCAAUUUUCCUACCGAUGGAACAGGUCCAGAGUAGACACCAUUUCCAUAGCCCUGCACUCAUCCCUGGAACAUCUGCACAACAACCUACGUCAGUCUCCUACUCAGCAACUAUGUCUCUGCCUUCAAAAUCAUAAUCCCCUCCAGACUGAUCUCAAAGCUCCGAGACCUAGAUCUCGGCUCUGCCCACUGCAUCUGGAUGCUCAGCUUCCUGACCCAUAGACCGUAAUCAGUGAAGAUAGACAACUGCACCUCCUCCAUGAUAACCCUUUCAGGCCCCUACUGUACUCUCUGAACACCCACGAUUGUGCAGCCAAAUUACAAGUUUGCUGAUAACACCACCGUGGUAGGACAGAUAUCAAACAAUAAUGAGUCAGAAUACAGAAAGGAGAUAGAGGGCUUGGUAUUGUGGUGCAAUGAUAACAACCUCUCUCUCAAUGUUGGCAAAACAAAAGAGCUGAUCAUGACUUCAGAAAGAAAUGAAGAGAACACGCUCCUAUCUACACCAACAGAGUGGACGUUGUGAAGGUUCAGAGUGUCAAGUUCCUAGGAGUGGCAAUAACCGACAACCUGUCCUGGACUUCCCAUGCAGAUGCAAUGAUCAAGAAGGCACAACCAUGCUCUUCUUCCUCAGGUGGCUUAGGAAAUUUGGUGUGUUCAUAAAGACACUCACCAACUUUUACAGAUGCCAUAGAAGGCAUAAUGGCCUGGUACAGCAUUGCUAUGCCCAGGACUGUAACAAAUUAUAGAAGAUUGUGUGCACGGCCCAGACCAUUAUGGAAGUCUACCUUUCAUCAUGGACUCCGUUUACACUUCUUUUUGCCAAUGAAAGGCUAUCAACAUCAUGAAAGAACCCUCCCACUCCAGUAAUGCUCUCCGACAAUCUCUUCCAUCAGGCAGAAGAUACAGAAGCUUAAACACACAAACCAACAGAUUCAAGAACAGCUUCUUCCCUGCCAUUAUUAGACUGAUGAAUGGACUUUCUGACUUCAAAUAAUGUUGAUCUUGUUAUUGUAGAUCUUGCUUCACAAAUCUCCUGUCCAGUGUAAUCUGUAUGCUUCACUCUGUCUAAGCACCUUAUGCUCUGUAUGUCCUUGCUUCCUAUGAUCUGCCUGUACUGCUCACAAGCUAAGCUUUUCACUGUACUUCGGUACAUGUGACUACAAUAAAUCAAAUCAAAUCAAAUAAACAGAACAACACUAUAAGCGGAUUGAGAAAGCAAGUCUAGAUAUUGUCUUUGAUUAUGAGAAUUUCAAUAGUACCUCUUUGGGAGAAAGAAAGUAAUGGUGGAGCCAAACUACAAGACAAUGAAAAAUAUCUUUCUCAAAUUACUUCUAUCCAAUGCAUUUGGAAAGGAUGUUACUUCAUUUGUACAGAUAUUACUUGGAAGUGAAGUAUAAGCAAGAGAAGCAGAUAUACAUCACUAACAUACUGUUGACAAUUGUAGUCUCUCUGAAGGAAGUUGAUGCUGGUACAAUGUGUGAAAUAUUCCAGAUUCGACAUGAAACAACAGCAAAAUGCUCUGGAAGUCAUCAAACCAGCAGAGAUAUUGAAUCUCACAGACAGACACAUUACUCAGGUCAAGCAAACUAGACAACAAGAUGCAAUUCAAAUGUUACAGGAAGUUGUGAUGAAAGGUGGCCUGAAAGCGUCAAGGACCCCACUGUUGCUGUCAGUUUUGAACAAACAGAGAUGAAGUGAUCACCCAAAAUUGGCACCUUGUACAAACAGAACAGGCUUAUCCCUAAAGAGAUGAAAUAAAGAGAUGCUGAAACACAUCACACACAGACCAUUACGGAAUCAAGUUAAGUCUGAGGAAGGUAAGGGAAGUGCUGUACUGGCCAAAAGUGAGUAAUGAGGUGAAGGACCAGCCAGUGCAGUGCUUGUAAUGAACAUCAAACUGAACAAGAUAAAGAGCUGCUCAUGACUCGUGACAUCCCAGACAGCCCAUGGAGAAGCUUGAAGUAGAGUUCAUUCUCACUGGAACUGAUUAUCUCAUCACAGUCAACUACUAGAUAUUUUCUAAUCAACUGGAUCAGAGAUGUUAUUACACAACAAUUGACGGUGCAUGCUUGGAGGGCCGAAGGGCCUGUUCCUGUGCUAUAAUUUUCUUUGUUCUAACCCUAAAGCAGGUUGAACUUGAAUGUAAGAUUUCUGGCCAGAGAUAGGAGCACUACCACUGCAUCACAAGAGCCUUCACAGUCAACCACUAUUCACACAAUGGUGAGUUAGAGCAACUGAUGUCAUUGACUCCCAGUGAGAUUGUAGAAUGUCUGAAAGCACACUUCAGUCAUCAUGACAUUCCUGACAUUGUGAUCUGUAACAAUAACCUCAAUUCACGAGUGGAAAAUUCAGACACUUCACGAGUGAUUGGGAAAUUCAGCACCACACAUCAGUUCCGUACUAUCCUCAGUCAAUUGGAAAGGCUGAUGCAGCAGUGAAAAAGGCUAUGGAGUUGGAGUUAAUAUAGUACUAUGGAGAGAGAAAUUUGUCAUAAUGAGUCAUUUUCAAGUUGGCAGGGAGUUGGCACAAGGAUCAGUACUGGGAUUUCAGCUAUUGACUGCAUUGAAAGAUAAAGAGACAACAACAUCUGAUUUUAGUUCUUUCAGUCAUCACAGAAUGUGAAUGUCACUGGAUAGGCCAGUAUUUUUGCCCAUCCCUAAUUGC